UGGUCAUCUCCUGUACUGUCCGCAGUCUCUGGUCAUCUCCUGUACUGUGUCCGCAGUCUCUGGUCAUCUCCUGUACUGUCCGCAGUCUCUGGUCAUCCCUAUACUGUGUCCGCAGUCUCUGGUCAUCCCUGUACUGUCCGCAGUCUCUGGUCAUCUCCUGUACUGUGUCCGCAGUCUCUGGUCAUCCCUGUACUGUCCGCAGUUUCUGGUCAUCCCUGUACUGUGUCCGCAGUCCCUGGUCAUCCCUGUACUGUCCGCAGUCUCUGGUCAUCCCUGUACUGUGUCCGCAGUCUCUGGUCAUCCCUGUACUGUGUCCGCAGUCUCUGGUCAUCCCUGUACUGUGUCCGCAGUCUCUGGUCAUCCCUGUACUGUGUCCGCAGUCUCUGGUCAUCCCUGUACUGUCCGCAGUCUCUGGUCAUCCCUGUACUGUGUCCGCAGUCUCUGGUCAUCCCUGUACUGUCCGCAGUC